CAUUUUUUUAUUAAUAUAUUAUUGUAUAUUCUUCUAAACACCAUGUCAGAUGAAGAGGAUAUUGAAGAACCGAUCCAGAAAGUUCGAAGCAAGCGAAUAUUCUUCAACAAUGUUGAUACUUAUACCGGAAAAAAUAUUGGCCAGUACCUUGGUCAAUGUGUGGUUGGAGCAUCACUUGAAGAUGCAGAGGAAGAAGGAGAGGAUGAUGCGGGAUCAGUGAGGUCUGCAGCAUCUCAUAAGGAAGGAUCGUACAGAGUGAUCGGGACUCUAAAAGAUCCAAACGGCAAACCCCCUUCUAAUAUAGCAGAGAUUGUAAAUUACAAUACACGUGAGGAGUUGCUUGAAAAACUACUUGAGUGUGACAUCAUAAUAUACAAUAUCAACGAUGAUAUGGCUGCAAUAGAUGAAGCUGUAUGGUCAGUGUCUUCAUUACAUACAGAGAUUGAACAUUUUGAUGGACCUAAGAUGUUUAUCUUGCUCUCAUCUGUUCUAACAUGGGCAAAGAGCAAACCAUUGGACCCGGAUGACCCUGAGAUCCCAUUCACAGAGGAUGAUUAUAGAAGAAGGAAACCUCACCCUAACUUUAAGGAACACAUCAGUGCAGAGAAGAUUGUCAUCAAAUUUGGAAAGACUAACAAGCAGAAGUUCCAGACCUAUGUUGUGGCAUCAGGGCUCACUUAUGGGAUGGGUGAAAAUAUAUUUCACUUUCUAUACAAGACAGCUUGGCUUGGUGAAGCUUCUGCUCUUCAAUGUUUUGGCACUGGUACCAACAUUGUGCCAACUAUUCAUAUCAAAGAUUUAGCCAGUGUUCUACAAAAUAUUCUUGAUGGCAAACCAAAAACAAGAUAUUUGGUAGCCGUGGAUGAUUCCCAAAACUCACUUGAGGAAAUUGUUCGAUGCAUCAGUUAUUACCUUGGUACUGGAAAAAUACGCAAAAUUGCCAAAGAGGAUUUUGAUUACAUGCGACAAAUUGUGAGCUCAAAAUCAGGUACAGGCAAAGUAGAACACAUUUCUAAAGAAGACGCUUUGCUUAUCAAAGACCUUAAGCAAAGUGAGUUUGACUCCCUUCUUGUGAACCUACACAUGGAAGCGAUGUUCGUGAAGGAAUCCAUGAGUGUACGGUGGGUGGCUGAAACAGGAAUGGUCGAUGCCAUUGAUCGAAUUAUUAAGGAGUAUAAGGAGACAAGAGGAUUGCUUCCAAUGAGAGCUUGCAUCCUUGGUCCACCAGCCUCAGGAAAAUCCACCAUAGCAGCCGCUGUAUGUAAACAAUACAAGCUUCACCACAUCACCAUUAAGGAUGUGAUAGAUGAAACAUUGGAGAGAUUGGAACAAAGUGCUGCAAGACUUGAACAGACUGGUAGUGCUGCUGAAGAAGAAGAGGAAGAUGAUGGAAAAGCUCAGGAAGAUUCUGAGUUCCUGGAGCAAGUUAAAGAGGGCAGGGAGAACAAUGGUGGGAGGAUUGAAGAUCAACAUAUCAUCAGGUUCUUCAGAGAAAAGUUGAAAUCAAUGCCGUGCCAGAAUCAAGGGUUUGUCCUCGAUGGAUUCCCGAAGACAUACGAACAAGCUAAGGACUUGUUUGCAUUGGAAGACGAAGAUGAAGGAGACGAUCCACGCAGAGUGAGUUACGAUUCUUCCAUUAUGCCGGAGGUUGUGAUCGCACUGGAUGCUGAGGAUGACUUCCUGAAGCAUCGUGUUAUGAAUCUUCCAGAAGAAGUUGUCCAGGGCACCCACAACACUGAGGAAGGUUUUCUACGUCGUCUACAAGAAUACAGAUCAUCCAAUCAUAUUGAUGAUACUGUGCUUAACUACUUUGACGAACUGGAAAUUCACCCCGAACAUAUCGAUGUGAAUGAUAAGACGGAUAUCAAGCAUGAGGCGAUCUUGGAAAAGAUAUCGACGAUGAUGGGAGAGGCGAGAAACUACGGUCCUACUCCUGAGGAGAAGGAAGAGAUGGAGAGAGUCGCAGCCGAGGCGAGGAUGAAGAAAGAGGCGGAGGAGAGGGAGAUCAGGGAGAGACAAGAGGCUGAGGAAGCUGCGGUGAUGAAGCAGAGGCAGGAGGAGUGGAUGGAAAGAUUAGAAGAGGUUCGUAGACAAGAGCGUGAAGUAUUGGAGCAACAAUCUAUCCCACUGAGGAACUACCUGAUGAAACACGUCAUGCCAACAUUGACUGAUGGCCUCAUACAGUGUUGCCAAGUAAGACCCGAUGAUCCAGUUGAUUACUUGGCGGAAUUCCUCUUCCAGCAGAACCCACAAGUUGAUUAGAAACAUAAAUACUCUAUUUUUCAUCAUUUAGCUUUUCGUGUUUUAUGCAGAUUACAUAUAUUGUAAGUUUUUAUAAAUUUUUGAGCACUUCAGUGAUAUUGCACGUUUGUAUAAAAAGAUAAAAGCAGCGCCCCACGUGGGGCUCGAACCCACGACCGUUGGAUUAAGA